CCUCUCUCACACCCUCCUGCCCAUCACGCAUCACAGCGCAGACGCAGCAUGUCGCGCAGAUACGACGAGCGCGACUACCGCGGCGGCGGCGCAGGCGGCUACGGCGCCGCAAGAGACGAGCGGCGCGGCGGCGGCGCAGGAGGCUAUGGCGGCGGCUAUGGGUGAGUGGCGGCAGCAGAGCCGCGCGAACGGCAGAGCGGCACGGCGGCGUGCGUGUGGCAGACGGGCACGGCCAUGUGCGCACCCGCGAGAUGCCCCACGUCUGUGGCAGCCCGGCGAGCACGGCUGCCUUGGCCAGGCAGUCGCUCAGCCUGCCCCCUCGCACCGGCCAGCACGUGGACGCCAGCCUCGCCAGUGACUGGUGUUGCAGCGCGGCCACGCACCUUCAACGCACAAGCUUGCGCACGUGCAUCUCUGGCCUGCCUGCUCACCCACCUCUCGCGCAACAGCCGACAAGACGACGACUAUGCGCGCGGCUCGCGCUCCCACCACGACUACGGCCGCGACGGCUACGGCGGCGCGCACGGAGGCGGGCACGGCGGCGCGUAUGACCGCUACGACCGUGGCGGCGGUGGUGGCGGUGGAUACGGCGCGCGCUCCGACUACGGCGCUCGCAGCGGCGGCGGCGGCGGCGGCGGCGGCGGCGGCGGCGGCGGAUGGCGAGAUGCUCCGCGCGGAGGCUACGAGGCCGAGCCGCGGCGCAGUCGCACGCCCGAGGGCACGCGCAAGCUCUCGGAGCGCAAGGUGGCGCACUCGCGAUGGGACCAGAAGCCGGCGGGCUUCGAGGAGAUUACGGCCAUGCAGGCCAAAGCUACUGGCAUCUUCGGUCUGCCGGGCCAGAGCCGCGGCGGUGCCGGCUCCGGCGCCGCCGGCACCGGCCUUGCGCCUCUGCGUGUCGGCGGCAUUGGCGGCAUUCCCGACGCCGCCAUGCUCGCCGGCAUCGCGGGCGCCACGACGGCCAAUCGAGGCGCGCGGCGCCUGUACAUUGGCAACGUCGGCCCCGGCGCCACCGAGGGUGCCAUGACCAAGUUCUUCAACGAGCGCAUGGUCGAGCACAAGUUCAUGACGGCGCCCGGCGACGCGGCCAUUGCGGCCCAGGUCAACGGCGACAAGGGCUGGGCCUUUGUCGAGUUCCGCUCGGCCGAAGAGACGACGAACGCCAUGGGCUUCGACGGCAUCGUCUUUCAGGGCUCGUCGCUCAAGAUCCGGCGGCCCAAAGACUACCUCGGCCCGGACAUCCAGCCGCCGUCGAGCGCCCACGUGCCGGGCGUCAUCUCGACCAACGUGCCCGACGGGCCCAACAAGAUCUACGUCGGCGGCCUGCCGACGUACCUGCAGGACGAGCAGGUGAUUGAGCUGCUCAAGGCCUUUGGCGAGCUGCGCGCCUUCAAUCUCGUGCGCGAGAAUGGCAACGGCGCCAGCAAGGGCUAUGCGUUUUGCGAGUACGUCGAUGCGGCGCUGACGGAGGUGGCCUGCGCCGGGCUCAACGACAUGGAGCUGGGCGAUCGGCGGCUGGUGGUGCAGCGCGCCAGCAUGUCGCUCGACCGUCGCCCCAUGCCCACGACGGUGGGCGGCGGGCAGCCCCUCGGCCUCGCGCUGCCCGUCGCCGCGGCCGGGCCCGCAGAGCCGACGCGCGCCAUGAUGAUGCUCAACAUGGUCACGCCCGACGAGCUGCUCGACGACGUCGAGUACGGCGAGAUUCUCGAGGACAUUCGCGACGAGCUGGCCAAGUUUGGCACGCUGCUCGACGUGCGCAUUCCAAGGCCGCAGGGCCAGAGCAAGGGCGCCGCGGCACAGACGUGGAAGCAGACCGUCGACGGCGAAGUGCCGACGGCAGAGGGCGAGAAGAAGGAGCGAGAAGGCGUGGGGCGCGUCUACGUCAAGUUUGACAAGGUGCAGCAGUGCCAGAUUGCCCUGCGCGCGCUGGCGGGCAGACAGUUUGGCGGGCGCACCGUCAUUUGCGCGCACCUCAACGAGUCGGACUGGCCCAGCGACGAGGAUGGAGGCAUGGAGGGGGACGCUACUACCUCGGGCAUCAAGACGGAGUGA